AUUCACUCACCAAGAUGGACAUCCUCUAGUGCGGCUCUCUCGAUAUGGUUGGGAACAAGCAGGUUUUGGGGCUUCCCGAGCUUGAGAGACAAGCAAAAUGUUGGCACCAAAAGAAUGCAUUUGCAGGAAAUUGCAUUUCCCCAUGCAUAAAUCAAGUUUUGUCAAGCUGCAUUCCUAUCCCGGUUCUGCAAACAUUUAUUGACUGAGAUCAACUUCGAACAAAGAUGAUCUGCGUUUUGCAAAAAUGGGGAUAUAUCCCAGAUUUCUGGCUGUACGUGAUACAUCUGCAAUUCUCGGCGCUCUUGCCGGCCCACGAUCCGGGCUUCACCAACCAAUGUUGCGCCUACUGCACGCUUGACCAAAAGCAAUUUUAGUUCCGAAAUUAGGGUAGGUAGGUGGUCAGCUAAAAAAUUUUAAUUCUGUUUGCUCUCGGGACUGGCGUCAUAGAUUCUCAUCUAUGCAAUCACGGAAUUGGGAGGGGUACAACCAGCGAAAUCACUAGGUUCACAAAAUUCGAACACCAGUCACUGGGCAGCUCGAUAUUUUCUUGAAAAUGUCAAGACAGAGUCCGAAGGUGCGGGAUUUUGUUCUUUGAAGCUCGCGCGCAUGAAUUGCAUACCUUGGUGUACGGUCAAUCAUGCAGGAAACUGUAUAGGCAGCAGUUAAAUUCGAGCACUGCGCAGCAUGCAUACAAAACUUUCAAGAGCCUGAAAGCACCAAUCGGCUGAAAUUCUGCAAAUUUCAGUUAUCGUCCAUAUGUACAAUAUUUGUUAAUGCCACGAAUUGGGGCUUCCAAGCCCGAUUAUUCUCUAUAACCAGGCCCAACCUUGAUCCUGUCCACUCCCGGAUGUAAAAAACCCAUUCUAUUCUUCGUACGUCACACUCUGCCACAAGCCUCCCCAUUCUCACAGACCUCGCAGUACAGUUUAUGAACGUGCUUAGCUGGACCAGGAUUUUCAAAUCUGAGCUGUCCUCGCAGGUUUACGACGAUCCCGAUGCCAUCGCUGCUGCAAAGCUCACCUGGGCAGCAAUCUUAACAAUCGCGUAUUGCGCAGCGUGCCGCAUCCCUAUUUACGAUGCGCCCACUGUGUGCCCCAAUUGGAAUCGCUCGCCGCAUCGGGCAACUGGUUCUUCUGUGUUCACAUAUUUGGGCUUGCGUUCGUGAUUGUAGUCUUAAAAUUUGAGGCCUAAAGCAAAAUGCUUUCAGUUUGUUUCAGUGCAGCAGAUACUUUUUCCAGCCGAUUGAUUAUGCGCGUUCAAGUUCCGCCUAGUAGCCGCGGCAGCCUAUCCUACCCGAAAACCGGUAAGGAGCUGUUGCCGCUUCUGGCCGUCGCACUGACAUCGCUCGUCACGGUCUUCACCAGAACGCUCAGCUCGUCGUGGUUGUUGUGAAUUGUCUCUGCAAGCAGCAAAUGGCACAGGUCGAGAAGUUGGUUCAAAGUUCUAAUUUUAGCCAAGUCGUCGUGCGGGUUUUUUUUUUUCGAUAGCGCCUUGGCGAGAUUUCACUCGUGUACAGCCAGAUCUCGUUCACGCUCACCAACGUGGACUUGACUUCGUGCAAAGGUUCGUCGGACAGUCAACUCGCCAAAUCCAACCGGAGCUCGGCAGACGAGAUCGUCUUGGGCAACACACUCGUCUGCAGCUUAGGGCCGCCCAAUUUAUUGGUUCAAAGAUCUUUCUACUUGCUCUCGUUCUCUAGCACACGCUUGUACGCGUUCCUGAAACACCUGAGGUCACCUUCCUGCCCUUGUUGUCGAGACUAACGAUGUUCUAGUUCAACCGCUGCUACUCCCUGCAAAGAUCUGUUCUUCAGCCGUCUGACUGGAGGCACCGUAUUGUGAAGGUCGGGAGCAUCCGGAAUCUACUUGUCAAUGCGCUCUGUAAACAGGGCGUCGCCACAGAGAGCGUGCUCCUGUUUAUACCUGCUAUUUGCGCUGUCGCAGUUGUCUCUCGAGUGGUCCACCUUGUUUUGCCAGCACAACCCAAGCGAGCUCAAUAGGUUCACCUCAGAGAACGGCACGACGGAGCACACCAGCGAUUUCUGCCCCGCUUAUUCGGCCAUUUUGGUCUUUUAGAGGUCGUUCCGGCGGGCCACAGUACGAGGUCAACAAGCCCUUGUGCUGUCUUUACAGCGACCAAAGCAAUCUACGGGACCAAUCACGCACAACAAGGCGCUCUAGACCCUUAAAUCUCAACGGACUGGCCCGAUGCUCGGUCUUCUUGUACGCCAGCCGCUAGGCCUCCUGAUAUAGUUGUCUUUGCACAGUAGCAGGUUCUGCGCCAUAUCCAGACACACGUUCAUUAAGUUAUAAAAAUCGGUCAAAUGGGUGGUGGCAAAUGGGUAGAAAGGUGGGUGUGGCCGGUCACGGCAUUCAUGGAAUCGAUCAGCGAUUUAUUGAGCAUUUUGAAGAACAGGUUGCGCACGGAGUAUUUUUCGAAUCUAGAGAGCAUGGCGUAGGAUACCCGAUGCUGUCGGCUAAGAUUGUCUUUCGCGCCAUGCUUGGGCUGAGUAUUGUGUCAUGGCGGUAGAAAAGAGUGUAUUUGCCGCGUCGUACAAAGAAAUCAACAAAAUCAAAUGAAU